UUUUAAACAAAAAUUAAAGCUAACUUCAUACACUCACCAACUUAAUCCAACAAUACCACGUAUGCUUGUUCCACAGUGCCAAGGCAACGCGUUCCAGAUUAAUGUCUCCAGAGCGUGCGCCCAAGCAGCCCAAACAAGAGUGAGAGUGUGAAUGCGAAAGGGAAUGUGAGUGUGAGUGUGAGUGCGAGUGCGAGCGAGAGUAAGAAAAGACAGCAAGCGGUAAGCCAAAGUGAAACAAAACCAAAAAUCGCUUUGGAUCAUAUGCAAAAUGGCAACAACAACAACAACAACAAAAAUACCAACUGCGUUGAGUUGGCGCUUUUCGCAUCGCCGCCGACGCUGCUGCGUCAAGUUGGCUGCGACGCCGGCGUCGACGUGCGCAAUGACGAGCGGUUUGUUGCAGAGACCGCGUAUAAAAGGGUUGGCCGGCGCAGAGGUCGUCAACACUCGACGCGCAGCACUUGUGGAAUAAACGCGAGAGAAGUUAACAUAAGAGAGAGUAAAAGAGUGAAAGAGAGAGAGUGAGAGCGAAAGGAUAAUAACAUCAAGUUGAUCGAUAAAAGUUGUUGGUCUGUUUUUUUUAUUGUUGGUAUUUUUUGACGUGCACCUUUCAAAAUGCAGUUCGCUUUUUCGCGCGCGCUUUUGAUCUGCGCAUGCUUGGCCUUAGCCGCCGCCGCCAAGCAGCCGCCGCAGCAGCAGCAAAAACAAGUGCAGCCAAAUGCGACGCCCGCCAAGCCGAAGCGCGACGCUGGCCUGAGCUUUGGCAGCGGCAUCUAUCACGGACCCUCACACAAAUAUCUGCCGCCCGCCGCCUCCGCGGGCUAUGAUAGCACCUAUGCGACGCUGCACGGCAAUGGCUUGGCCUCCAGCAGCGGCUUCGACUUUGCCAGCCUUGACACGGACAACAGCCAGCAGCAGCAGCAGCAGCAGUAUCAUCAUCAUCAUCAUUAUAGCCACCAGCCGCACACAUAUCAGUCGCUGGCCUCGCACCAUGGACACGGACGACCCGUUUACAUCAGCUCGUCCAGCGCGGGUGGGGGGAGUGCGGCUGGUGGUGGCUAUCAUCAUCGGCAACAGGCGCCGAAGGUGGAGACGUAUAUUGUGCAGACCAGCAGCGGACAUGGACACGGCCCAGGACCUGGAAAUGGACAUCAGGGUCAUGGCUUCGGCGGUGGCUACAAAUACGCCGGACAUGGCGGUGGCUACUUGAGCCUGCUCGGCGGCGCACACAAGCAGCACGGCGGCGGCGCUGGCGGCGGCGGCGGCAGCACCUAUUUGCUGGCCACGCCCUCCUACAGCAGCAGCAGCAGUAGCCAUGGAUCGGGAGCAGGCUUCUCGCUUGGCCAGCAUGCCAGUCUGGGCAGCAGUCACGGCUUGGGUCAUGGCCUCAAUCUGGGCGCACAGCACUAUGCGUCCGGCUUGGGACACGGCCUCGAGCAGCAGGAGCACACGGGCUUUAGCUUUGAGGGGGGGCCCAGCAUACACUACAAGCAGCAGCCGCUGAGCAGCUAUGGUGUGCCUCUGCUGGCUGGCUACGAGCACAGCACGGGCCAGCACGAGGUGGCCCAGGAGGAGCUGCACCAGCAGCACAAGACGCAGACGGAUCAGCAGACGCCCGCCUAUGCGCUGGGCCACAAGGGACUCGGCCACUUUAGCUAUACGUCCAGCAAGCCGCUGGCCCUCAACACGGACAUCCAUCAUGGUGGCGCGCCUGACGAGCACAACGAGCUCUUCGCCGAGCUGUCCAAGUCGCCGUUCAAGCCGAGCGCCUUUCUGGGCGCCAAGCACGAGUCGAGCGUUGGCUUCGAUUUUGCCACGCCCAGUGCACAGUCGACGGGCUAUGAUUAUGCGGCGCCGGCGUUGCUUUAUGGUGCGCCCGGGCAGUCUGGUGACUCGGCCACGCCCAUUUUUGAACCAGAAUCCACAUACCUGCCGCCCGUGAGCAGCUACGGAGCACCAGCCACGCCCACGCACAGCUAUCACUAAAUUAUUGUUGUUAUUUUUAAACUAUUAUUUUAUUUU